AUGUUUCUCAACACAAGCGCCGCCUCGUGGAAAUACAACGGUCCACUCACCAAUCCAGAAGUGGCAUCUUUCCACCGCCGCCUCCCAGACUACAACACCACGACCCUGCAUGCCCUCCCCACUCUAGCUGAAGAGCUCGGACUCGGUCAUGUCUUCCUCAAAGACGAAUCCAAUCGCUUUGGCCUUCCAGCCUUCAAGAUCCUCGGCGCCUCAUGGGCAACUUUCAAAGCCGUAGCAGUGAAAUGCAACUUCCCAAUCACCUCAUCCGUAGAGGUUCAAGAGCUCGGUACCGCUGCGAGAAAAGCCGGUGUGAAGAUCGUGACGUGUACGGCGGGGAAUUGGGGGAGGGCGGUUGCGAGGAUGGCGAAGUACAUGCAAAUCCCUGUGACUGUUUUCGUACCGAACACCAUGGACGAAGCCACACAGAAGAAAAUUGCCGGCGAGGGUGCGACAGUGGUGGUUGUGGAUGGUGAUUAUGACCACUCUAUUUUGGUGGCGAGGAAGGAGGCUGAGGGGCCGGAUAGUAUCCUCAUGAUGGAUACGAGCUGGGAGGGGUAUGAGGAGAUUCCACAGGUGAUUAAGUGGGUCGUCGAGGGCUACUCAACUAUGCUCACGGAGACGGACCAACAACUGCGAGAUCUCGGCAUAGGCCCCGUAACACAUGCCAUAGCAUCCGUAGGCGUAGGGUCUUGGGCACAAGCUGUGGCGAUGCACUACAAGUCAGCCACGCCAGCUGCAUCUGUAAUAGCAGUUGAGCCAGAUACAGCAGCGUGUCUGAAGACCAGCCUUGAGGCGGGCAAGAUUACACCGAUCGAGACAGGACACAGUAUCAUGAAUGGCAUGAACUGCGGUACAGUGUCGUACACGGCAUGGGAGGUGCUACGGAACGGCGUCGAUGCGAGCGUUGAAGUAACGGAUGUAGAGGCACAUCGCGAUUUGGAGUAUCUACACGAGCAGGACGUGGAGAACGGGCCUUGCGGGGCAGCGCCGCUGAGUGCACUUAGGAAGUUGGUGAAGGAGAAGAAGUUGGGUCUGGGGAGGGACUCGAUUGUAAUAUUGUUCAGCACAGAGGGAGUUCGCGACUAUCCUGUGCCUGCGUGA